UGGUCUAUUAUUUUUUCAGAGUCGAUAGGCGAUACAUGAUGUUUAAUAUGUUUUGUUUCAGCUGCAGUACUGGUGCUUAUUUAAUUUUCAUUUAAAACAAUUUUUCCUUCAAGUUAUUUGGGGAUUGCAGAAGGUAGUCCUGGAUCCCUGGUACAAGAGCUGUGCGAGGUGCCGUUCGCUCCUGUCACACGUACAUUCUUGCGGCCAGUAAUCUCUUUUAUUUCUGAUGCAAAAAUGGCGAAGUCCUUGUCAAACGGAAAAAACAUUAUUUUGGUAACGGGUGGCAGUGGAUUGGUUGGUCAGGCACUGAAGAAGAUGGCUGCGGAAGAGAAUCGCCAAGACGAGGAAUGGUUCUUUGCAGCAUCGAGCGACGCUGAUCUGACGGAUCGGGAUCAAACACGCAAGCUCUUCGAAAAAGUCGGCCCUACGCACGUGAUACAUUUGGCCGCGAUGGUCGGUGGACUGUUCAAGAACCUCAAGUACAAUCUGGAUUUUUAUCGCAAGAAUAUCCUCAUUAACGACAAUGUCCUCCAAACAUCGCACGAGCGAGGCGUGAAAAAAGUGGUGUCGUGUCUGUCCACCUGUAUUUUCCCCGACAAAACGACGUACCCAAUCAACGAAACAAUGAUUCAUGAUGGUCCUCCGCAUUCCUCGAAUUUCGGAUAUGCGUAUGCGAAACGGAUGAUCGAUGUGCAGAACAGAGCAUAUAAUCAGCAAUAUGGAAGCAAUUUUACUGCAAUUAUUCCCACGAAUGUUUUCGGUCCACACGACAACUACAAUUUGGAGGACAGUCACGUGAUUCCAGGACUGAUACACAAAUGCUACAUAGCGAAGCGCGAUGGAACUCCCCUGACAAUCUGGGGAACGGGCAAACCCUUGCGGCAGUUCAUCUAUUCUGACGAUUUGGCCCGCUUGAUUAUAUGGACUUUGAGGGAUUAUCCAGAAAUUGAUCCAAUAAUAUUAUCUGUGGAUGAGCAAGCUGAAAUCAGCAUUAAAGACGCCGCUGAAAUGGUUGUGGCUGCCAUGGACUUCAAAGGCCAAGUCAUUUAUGACUCAACCAAAUCCGACGGGCAAUUUAAAAAGACUGCCAGUAACGACAAAUUGCGGAAAUACUUGCCGAAUUUUCAGUUCACUCAGAUUGAAAAAGCAAUAAAGGAAAGUUGCGAUUGGUUUGUGAAGAAUUACGAUGUUGCACGGAAAUGAAGAGAAGGAGAACGGGAAGACCUGGGAAUUGUCGUUAUUGUGGAAUUGCUUAGCUGAGCGUGAGGGGCUUUGAUUUCGACGUCCAGUGCUAGUGCCGGUGGCUAACCAGUUUUGUGAUCUUUCUGACUAAUUUUUGUUAUAACUUGAUUGGUGUUUUUAAUACAAAAUACUGAAAGUGUACAACAUGUUUAAUGUGAGUCGAUAAACAUUCCAUUUUUUUAAAAUUUUAUAGUACAGAAAAUACUGAAUAUGGCUUUUCACGGGAUUUGAGCUGAGUCGUUUGAUUCACUGUCGGGCGAAACAUAAAUCACCGUAUGAGAGA